AUGGAAGGCGCUUUCACACACGUCGCCAACCAUCUCGUGGGCGACUCGGCAUCCGCCAUCAACGAAGGCGACGACCUCUCCACUCUGGACGCAGGCGAGAGCGCUUUGGACAGUGAAUAUGGUCGUGGAAACCUGAAUGGAGGCCCUCGCCGACGCAGAGGAGGCGACGAUGAUGAGACGGACGUCUACGAUGAUGAUGACCUCGAAUCGCUGGCCAGCCACGCUGUGAACGGAGCAAAUGGUCAACCCGCUGCGGCACCCGAGGAGGAGGUCGAACUGCCUGCUCAUGCUUGCGCUUAUUGCGGUAUUCACAACCCAGGCGCCGUCGUCAAGUGCCUGUCAUGCACCAAGUGGUUCUGCUCCGCGCGAGGCAAUACAUCCUCCUCCCACAUCAUCAACCAUCUCGUUCGUGCGCGUCACAAGGAGGUCCAAUUGCACCCAUCCUCCCCUCUUGGGGACACCACUUUGGAAUGCUACAACUGCGGCACGAAGAAUGUCUUCUUGCUGGGAUUCAUUCCAGCCAAGAGUGACACCGUCGUGGUCCUGCUCUGCCGUCAGCCAUGCGCCGCUAUGCCAAGCAGCAAGGAUAUGAAUUGGGACACCUCAAAGUGGCAGCCGCUGAUUGAGGAUCGUUCAUUUCUCCCGUGGCUUGUCAACACGCCAACCGAUCAAGAGCAGAUGCGUGCUCGUCACCUCCAGCCACAGGUCAUCGCAAAGCUUGAAGAGAUGUGGAAGGACAACAGCAGUGCAACAAUCCAAGAUCUCGAGAAGAGCGCUGGCAUCGAUGAUGAGCCCGCGCCUGUCCUCCUCCGCUACGACGACGCCUAUCAAUACCAGAACGUCUUUGGCCCGCUCGUCAAGAUCGAGGCCGACUACGACCGCAAGCUGAAGGAGUCGCAGAGCCAGGACAAUUUGAUCGUACGAUGGGACUUUGGUCUCAACAACAAACACCUGGCCUCUUUCGUCCUGCCGAAGCUCGAGCUAGGAGAUGUCAAGCUGGCAGUCGGGGACGAAAUGCGCCUGCGAUACACUGGAGAGCUGCGCGCGCACUGGGAAGGUGUUGGCUAUGUCAUCAAGAUUCCCAACAACCAGAGUGAUGAAGUGACCAUUGAGCUGCGAUCUAGAGGUGACCACAAGUCAGUGCCCACUGAAUGUACUCACAAUUUCACCGCCGAUUACGUCUGGAAGGCUACAUCUUUCGAUCGCAUGCAGCUGGCCAUGAAGACCUUUGCUUUGGAUGAGAUGUCAGUUUCAGGUUACAUCUUCCACCGCUUGUUGGGACAUGAAGUUGCCGCCGCGCCAAUGAGAGUUCAAAUGCCACGCAAGUUCAGCGUCCCCAACCUGCCAGAGCUCAACGGCUCUCAAAUUCAAGCCGUCAAGUCUGUCCUGCAAAAGCCCCUCAGUCUGAUUCAGGGCCCACCCGGAACUGGAAAGACUGUCACCUCGGCCACCAUCAUUUACCACCUUUCUAAGAUCAAUGGUGGUCAAGUUUUGGUGUGUGCGCCUUCAAACGUGGCAGUCGAUCAGCUUUGUGAGCGUAUCCACAUUACCGGUCUGAAGGUCGUCCGUAUUACUGCAAAAUCUCGCGAGGAUGUCGAGUCUGACGUUGGUUUCCUGUCCUUGCACAGGCAGGUCCAAAUGAACGACACCAACCCAGAGCUAAACAAGCUCAUCCAGCUCAAGGCGGAGCAAGGCGAGCUGACCAGCCAGGAUGAGAAGAAGUUCAAGGCACUCACACGCUCUGCCGAGAGGGAGGUUCUCCAGAAUGCCGAUGUGAUCUGCUGUACUUGUGUUGGCGCGGGUGAUCCUCGCCUAGCGAAGCUCAAGUUCCGCACUGUCUUGAUCGAUGAGAGCACACAAUCCGCCGAGCCGGAGUGUAUGAUUCCUCUCGUACUGGGCUGCAAGCAGGUUGUUCUCGUCGGUGAUCACCAACAGUUGGGACCCGUCAUCAUGAACAAGAAGGCCGCCAAAGCCGGUCUUAACCAGUCUCUCUUCGAGCGUUUGGUCAUUCUCGGAUGUGCUCCAAUCCGACUGCAGGUCCAAUACCGCAUGCACCCAUGCCUAUCCGAGUUCCCAUCCAACAUGUUCUACSAGGGAUCCCUUCAAAAUGGUGUCACCAUGGCACAGCGUCUGCGACCUGAUGUUGCAUUUCCAUGGCCCGUUGCAGACUCUCCAAUGAUGUUCUGGUCUAACCUGGGCAAUGAGGAGAUUAGUGCGUCUGGUACAUCCUACCUCAACCGCACCGAGGCGCAGAAUGUCGAAAAGAUUGUCACACGCUUCUUCAAAGCCGGUGUCAGCCCUUCUGCGAUCGGUAUCAUCACUCCAUACGAAGGGCAACGCUCGUAUGUCGUUCAGAGCAUGCAACAGACCGGAACCUUCAAGAAGGAGCACUACAAGGAGGUGGAAGUUGCUUCUGUCGAUGCCUUCCAGGGCAGAGAGAAGGACUUCAUCGUGCUGUCUUGUGUUCGAAGCAAUGACCACCAGGGCAUUGGUUUCUUGAGUGAUCCUCGUCGUCUCAACGUCGCACUCACGCGCGCCAAGUACGGUCUGGUCAUUCUGGGCAACCCAAAGGUGCUCAGCAAGCACCCUCUUUGGCAUUACCUCCUUUUGCACUUCAAGGAGCGCAACUGCCUUGUGGAAGGUCCACUCAACAAUCUUCAGGUGUCUCUCCUCCAGUUCAGUCGGCCAAAGACCACAUACCGUGGUCCACAACGCUACCAGAUGGCUUAUCAGCACGCCAAUCACAUGGCUGCUGCCACUGGCAACCGUAUGAGCGGUCGCCGAGAGGGUCCACCAGGUGCUGAGAGCAUUGUGGGGUACAUUCCUGAUGACGUCUCUUCAAUCCACUCCUCUGCGCUUGGUGGUGCUGCGCUGCCAAGUCRGUACCCACCGAUGUUCCAGAGCUUUCAGAACACGUGGCCCACUCUCAACGAUCACCAGCGGAAUGGCCACAUUGGCGACAAGUCCCACCCUGCCCCAGACUCCAUUGCCGGCGAUAGCGUUGCCGCCAGUGAAAUUACAGAUGUCACAACCAACGGAUCCGUCAAGCCAGGCCAAGGCGGCGUCAGCCUCGCAGGCCUUAGCAUCAACGACCUCAACAAGCAAGCUUCCUUGUCUCACUCUGACAAGCUUCGUCGCUACGUCGAAGGUCAGGGUCCACCUCAGCCUCCCAUCGGCGCGGGCAGGAAUCAUCGAUCGACCAUUGAGGAUGAGGACGCGCGCAGCGUUAGCACCGCUUUCGCGAGCCAGGUCGGCAUUGGUGGAUAUGAUUGA